UCAAAGAUUAAGAAGAAGAAGAUGGAAGACUUGGCGUUAUGUGAAGCAAACAACGUUCCUCUAACUCCCAUAACAUUCUUGAAGAGAGCUUCGGAGUGUUAUCCUAAUCGAACUUCGAUAAUCGAUGGACAAACUCGUUUCACUUGGCCUCAAACCUAUGACCGUUGCUGUCGUCUAGCCGCUUCUCUCAUAUCUCUUAAUAUUACCAAGAACAAUGUGGUGUCCGUUGUGGCUCCAAACAUACCGGCCAUGUAUGAGAUGCACUUUGCUGUUCCCAUGGCUGGAGCUGUUCUUAACCCUAUCAACACUCGUCUCGACGCAACAUCUAUAGCCGCAAUCCUCUGCCACGCCAAGCCUAAGAUAUUAUUCAUUAACCGCAAUUUUGAGCCCUUAGCUCGAGAAACGCUCCGGCUAGUAUCAUGUGACGACUCACUACUGAACCUGCGGGUCAUAUUCAUUGACGAUAUCGAUGCACCUAAGAAGGUUUCAUCCGGGGAGUUAGACUAUGAGGGUCUCAUCCAGAGAGGAGAGCCUUCUCCCUUGUUGGUCCCACGUAUGUUCCGUAUUCAAGACGAACAUGAUCCUAUCUCAUUGAACUACACUUCCGGUACCACGGCCGACCCAAAAGGCGUGGUGAUUACUCACCGAGGAGCAUAUUUGAGCACAUUAAGCAUGAUUAUUGGUUGGGAAAUGGGGGCUUGCCCUGUUUACCUUUGGACUCUCCCUAUGUUUCAUUGCAAUGGCUGGACGUUUACUUGGGCAGUGGCAGCCCGCGGGGGAACUAAUGUGUGUAUGAGGCAUGUGACCGCCCCGGGGAUCUAUAAAAACAUAUCAAUGUAUAGUGUGACGCAUAUGUGUUGUGCUCCUACGGUUUUCAACAUUCUAUUGCGAGGAAAUGCACUUGAACAGUCACAUAGGUCAGGGCCGGUUCAUGUGCUGACCGGGGGUUCACCACCGCCGGCUGCUCUUGUUAAGAAAGUUCAGAGGUUGGGGUUUCAAGUGAUGCAUGCCUAUGGGCUUACGGAGGCCACUGGUCCAGUUCUCUUUUGUGAGUGGCCAGAUGAGUGGAAUAGAUUACCAGAGAAUCAACAAAUGGAGCUGAAAGCAAGGCAAGGGCUAGGCAUCUUAGGCCUAGCUGAAGUUGACGUGAGGAACAACAAAACUCAAGAGAGUGUCCCACGCGAUGGGAAAACUAUAGGAGAAAUUUUCAUUAGAGGAAGCAUCUUAAUGAAAGGGUAUCUAAAGAAUCCCAAAGCUACAUUUGAAGCGUUUAAACAUGGAUGCCUCAAUACCGGGGACGUAGGAGUGAUUCAUCCUGAUGGAUACAUCGAGAUCAAAGAUCGGUCCAAAGACAUAAUCAUCUCAGGAGGCGAAAACAUCAGCAGCGUUGAAGUUGAGAAUGUUCUUUACAAGCACCCAAAAGUGCUUGAGGUUGCCGUCGUGGCCAUGCCUCACCCUGUGUGGGGUGAAACCCCGUGUGCAUUCGUUGUUUUACAAAAGGGUGAGACUGAUAAAGAAGAUUGUGAAGAUAAAUUUGGGUAUAGAGAGAAAGAUUUGAUUGAGUAUUGCCGUGAGAAUCUGCCACAUUUUAUGUGUCCGAGAAAGGUGAUUUUCUUGGAAGAACUGCCCAAGAAUGGAAAUGGCAAGAUCCUUAAGCCUAAACUACGAGAUAUCACUAAAGGCUUGGUUGAUGAUAAGGAUGAAGUCAAUCUUAUAUCCAGAAACUUUAAGUCUCGACUUUGAGUUUGUGAAGCAAUAUGCUAAAUUAUCUUUAUCCAUUGAUAGAAAACGAAACAUGUAGACAUAUAGACCGUGAUAAUCUUUAU